AUGCAAUCAGGGCCUUCCUACGAUUCAAACCGUCCAGAUACAAUAAUACCGCCUCCAGAGAACUUCCAUCCUAUCCAGCAUGGACAUGAUCUUUAUGGCGAUUUCCCAGGCCCUGGCCGUCUCUCUGAAGACGCCGGAGGCUCUGACUCAUCGCCUGGCGAAUUCCCGCUACUAAGCACCGAACCUUCAGCAUCAGAUCGAGUCAGCGAGCAUGAGCGCAGUUCUCGGAGCCAGUCGGAUGUUGGUUUCAUAGUGAUACCUUCGACGAAACCGUCGAGCGUGUCUCUGGAUGAUUUUCCGAAUGAGGUUUUAACCCAUAUUUUGUCCCACCUGCCUCCGCCGUCUUUGUCGUCUUUUGCGCUAGUAUCUCGUCGAUUCCACGGUCUCGUCACUACCCCUCAUGCAUGGAGAAUUGCCUUCUCCCGAUACUUCCCCGGCCCUUCUGUAUUGGAAGAUACAGAGGUCUCCGAACGGUUGACGUCAGACAAACGAUACUUUUCGAGGCUUACCGCACUUGCGUCGUGGAGGAGCGAGUACAUUUUGCGAACUCGUUUGCUGCGAUCGCUCUCACGAGGCAAACCGGGGCAACUCGAAGUAUCGAAGAAGAAUGGCACAGUCCGAACCGCGUCGGUCCGCAAUGGAAGUGCGAUCGCGACAUAUACUUCUCAACUUUUAUAUCCUGUCAGCCACUUGGACGGGACUUUCGGAAGUGACUCUGCUAAAAAAGAGCCUCUGUUCAUUCAUGGAGCCUCGGAGCAGUGCGCUGUGACUGCAAGCGAUCCCUCGACCGUCAAAGUCGGAACUUGGGGUUUGGCCGACCACAACUUCUCCCGUCACUUUGCCGAUUCGUUCCCCGGCGAAGCUGAAUAUGGACUUGGAUCCGGUAAUCUUGUCGGAGUGCCCAAUUCUAUGGAUGUCAGCCAGCCGUUUGGUAUGAUUUAUGGCGAAGGAUGCCCACAAGGGCGUACAUACUAUCUGUCUACGGCUGAGCAGAGGGGAAGGUUCUUGGAUAUUCUCAACGAUGGAACCUCAAUUCCUAAACUCGGUGUCCCUGCCAUAAACCGCAUCACGACCGCCAUCACUGCAGUAUGGAUCGCGAAAUCGUCCGAGAUACUCAAGAUGACUAGCGGCUUGGUGGGAAUGUUGUCUGGUUCUUCCUCCGGAAUCGUAACGGCUUAUGCACUGGGACCUCAUCCGAUGUACGAGAAGCGCUUCGAGAGGGGCCAGGCCACAGCUCGAUGGGUUCUCAGUCCCGGUGUCCCUAUUGUCAGCAUCUCUGUUGAUGACAAUUAUUCCCCGAAGCGUCGCCAACGUGGACGGGCGUGGGCAGUGGUGCUGAACGCUUUGGGGGAGGUGUUCUACCUUUCUGAAGUGCCUCAGCAAACCGACCCCCAGCCGGCCAAUAUCACGCCGGAAGCUGCCGAUCAACUGGCUUGGAAGACCGGUCGCACUGUACGCUGGGAGUUAGUGGAAGUCAGCAGACGAACUGCUAGGCCCGAUCCAUUUAAUCGCGAGCUCGUCGAUGGCAGUUACAGCCCACGGUCAUCCUCAGACUCGAUGAAGCUCAGCGAGGAACAGAUAAUAGCGGAGACGAAAGAGAUAGAACAAUUCAUGGCGUUCAAACCGAAGCAUUUUCGCAAGGUGUGCGAAGGUUGGGAUAUGAGGCGUGAUCUCCGAGUCGACUUUUCCGGGGGGGAUGGUCAUGGUGCUGGCGAAUCCUUCAUUGUGGUUCAACGGGGUGAUGGAGAAGACCAGAAAGCCACUAUACGGAGGUAUACUCGCAAGCUUCGACCCUCCCAUCACUCGGCAUCCCUUUCUCAACAUACUUCUCCUAUACCGCGCGUCGCUUCCUCCUCGAUCUUCGGCGGUCCUGCAAUCUCUCCAGGUAUUUCGUCAGCGGCAAGCAGUUUCCCACCGUCUCGAGCCUCGGGUCAAAUUGAUGAGUCUGUUGUGUGCUCCCCUUCAAACACGGAAUGGUAUAUUACAGACUUUCACUUUGAUGGCCGAAAGUCGCUACAAAUAACGACAAGUGCUUUGGACGUUUCCACCUACGCCGUAUUAACUCCUGAGGAGGACCUCCUUAUGUCGGGUAGCUCCGAGUCGUCAUCAGUCGUCUCAUCGCCGCUGCCGCAUAUGCAACGGCCUUCCGGUUCCGAAAUUCCAGGUCAGCGCGGGCGAUACAUGGCUGUUGGAACUGCGACAGGAUCCGUCUUUGCCUGGGACAUUCGUUCGCCCACUUCGAGAAACUCUGAGAUCAUCAACUCUGUCGCUCCGAUCCGGGCCAUUUUCACAGAAUCUCCAAGCGUCUCUUGUGUUGCUUUGACAUCGCUAUAUCUGGUCCAUGGUGGAAAUGAUGGACUGGUGCAGGCCUGGGAUCCUCUUGCCUCCACGACCCGUCCGAUUCGAACCAUCAACUCCCGCUUCUCCACACGUGCGCGUCGACGAUUAGUCCAAGCUGAAGCCUCCAUCAAUGGUGUCGGAAACAACUUCUAUGCAACCGGUGCUAUCAGUCUCGAUCCUGAUCCCACUCGUCUGAGAGGAAUGGUAGCUCUGGGCACCCAUCUCCGUUACUGGUCCUACAGCUCUACCGCCGCAGACCAAUACAAGAGUAGCAAACGCCGACUUCGUUAUGGGCAACGUGGUAACAACGCAGCAGCUGGCGGUCAGCGGUUCAACAAUAGCGGACGUGGAGCCAUCAACGAUUAUAUCGAGGACGAAAAGCGGGAGAUGGAGCGACAAGCGCAGGCUGACCAGAAGGAAAGAGCCCACCUGAGCAACCGCUUCGGCAUCGACCUUCUGGGACCGGACGUCAGCGAAGAGGAACUUCUUGCCUACGCACAGUUGUUGAGCCAGGAAGCUUACAGCAGCGAAGCGAUGAAGCGCAGUGACUCUGUGGUAGAAUCUGUGAUCAGCUCUUCUCCUAGCGACACCAUCGGGCCGAACGAUAGUUCCGUUGCGCCAGAUGAGCUUUCCUCAGCCUCUUCGCCGUGUAACGAUCCGGUAGACGAUGACAUGGACCCGGAAAUCGCGGAAGCGAUUCGUCUGAGUCUUCUUGAAGAAUCAGCGGGUCAAGGCUCAUUCGAUUCACCGUCACCCUUCUCCGUUAAGUACUCGAUUGGCUCAGCGUCGGGCAGGAGCACAUCAUCGCCCGCCAAAUACCCAGUCGCAGAGAGCAGCCGGCAACAAGAGGUCGAUGAUCUCGAUCUGGCUAUCCAGCUGAGUCUCGUGGAGACUCAUGGCCAUGGUCAGUAUGAUGAACCCACCGACCACCAGGUGGAGGAGUUCCCUUCCCUACCCGCGGCGUCUCCUGCUUCCUCGAAGAAUAAGGGCAAGGCUCGAAUGGUGCUGUAA